UCCUCCUCCUCCUCCUGCUGCCGCCGCUCCUGCUCGGCUCCUCUCCCCAGCGGCCCCGCGGAGGCUCCCAUGGGGCGCCCAGGCUGCUGGGGAGGCCGCGGGGACGCCUGUCCCUCGGCCACGUGCGCGCCCAGCCCCGCGGGACACCCCGGCAGCUCCGUGCUGCUGUGCCUGUGCCACGGCCACCUCUGCAACGGCAACGCCACCGGGACAGCGGCGGGGACCGGCACGGCCGGGGGGCUCGGGGGGCCCCGCCAGGGCCCAGUGCCCGGCCGGGGGGCGUCCGCGGGGACCCUGUGGCUGCUGGGUGCCAGCCCCCUCUUCCUCAUCCUCCUCACCUGUCUGGGCGUCCUCGGACUGCGCUGGACAAGGGCCCGCACGGGGCAGCCACCGCGGGGGGGGCGGAGAAUCGGGGUUCCCCUGGAGCCCCCCAGCCCGGACCUGCCUGCGCUGCACUUCCUGCAGGUGCUGCAGUCGGGGCGCUUCUCGGCCGUGUGGCGGGGCACGCUGCGCCAGCGGCCCGUGGCCAUCAAGGCGUUCGCGGCCGGGGCCGGCCGGAGGUUCGCGGCCGAGCGCGCCGUGCACUCGCUGCCGCUGAUGGAGCACGAGAACGUGGCCAGGCUGCUGCACACCAGCGCGGCCGGGCCCCGCGGCCGGGGGGGGCUCCUGGUGCUGCAGCUCUACCCAGCCGGCUCCCUGCGCCACUUCCUGGGCCAGCACGUGGGGACGUGGGCGGGCAGCGUGCGCCUGGCGCUGUCCCUGGCCCGCGGGCUGGCCUUCCUGCACCAGGAGCUGUGGCGUGACGGGCUGUACAAGCCCAGCGUGGUGCACCGGGACCUGAGCAGCCAGAACGUGCUGGUGCGGGAGGACGGCACCUGCGCCAUCGGCGACUUCGGGCUGGCGCUGGCGCUGCCACCGCGCGCCCAGGACAGCGCCGGCUCCCGGCACGCCGUGGCCAUCCGGAAGGCGGGCACCCAGCGGUACCUGGCACCCGAGAUCCUGGACGAGAGCCUGGACCUGCGGGCCUGGGGCCGGGCGCUGCGCCAGGCCGACGUCUACGCGCUGGCCCUGCUGCUCUGGGAGAUCCUGUCCCGCUGCCAGGCCCUGAGCCCCGGAGCGCCGGUGCCGCCGUUCCGGCUGGCCUACGAGGCCGAGCUGGGCUCCAGCCCCAGCGGGGCUCAGCUGCGGCGCUUGGCCGCGGACGAGAGGCGGCGGCCGCUGAUCCCCCCGGCCUGGCACCGCGCCCCCCAGCCCGGGGGGGCUCUGCCGGAGCUGCUGGAGGAUUGCUGGGACCCGGACCCCGAGGCGCGGCUCUCGGCCGAGCGGGCGCUGCAGCGGCUCCAGCGCUUGGCCGCGGGGCCCGCACCGGCCCCGGGGGACCCCGGCCCGGGGAGCGCCCCCCGCCAGGUCCUGGAGUCUCCCAGCAUGUGGAACCCUGGUGCAGGUACAGGGGGACACCCCAAACUGGGGGGGCUGCCUUGACCCCCCUGGGGUCAGACUCCCCCCAAUCUCCUCUUUUCUUCCCCC